GGGACCCCCCAGCAGGCGUGGAUGGCAGAUCGUUCACCGCAACUGGACGUUCGUCUCCCUCGCCCGCCGCCUCCUCGACGCCGCCCGGCCUUUCACAUGCAAACCCUGGUGCAGCCUGCGCCUGGCAUCCACACUACCGCGCAAAGCUUCCAUCACGAGGGAAAUCCCAUUUCGCGGACCCCAGACUCUUCAUCAUCUGCGUCGAAGCACGAACCGACGGCCGUAUAAACAUCACAGCCGUCCUCGUGCCUCCCCUAUUUCUUGACCGCUCUCUCUCCCUCUCCCUCCCAGUCCCAUCAUCCCAUCUCCAGCUCUCUCCACAUCCUGCUCACCCACCAUACCCACAGCCCAGGACCUGCCAGUAGACCGCGCGAGCGACCACACGUCUCGUCAUCCCUCGCAGACACGCUUAACCUCGCUCCAAUUUCCUAAUCCAUAAACAAGAGCCUCAGACACUCACCCACCUACCCACCCACACCCCCACACGCGUACAUCGACAAUGGGGCUCGCCGAUCCAGCUUUCGCCUCGUCCGCCGCCUUCGACGCCAUCCAGGCCGCCAUCAACGACAACCCGAAGGAGAAGGCCCAAGCAAUCAAGACCGCCGGCACCAUCUUCGGCUUCACGCUCAAGAACAAGGAGGGCAAGACGGCAAGCUGGCAUGUCGACCUGAAGAAGACGGGCAACGUCGGAACCGGCGAGGCGCCUGCAGGCGAGAAGGCCGACGUCAUCCUGUUGCUGAGCGACGAAGACUUCGGCAAGCUCCUCAGCGGCACUGGUAACCCCCAGUCGCUGUUCAUGUCCGGCAAGCUCAAGGUCCGCGGUGACAUCAUGAAGGCGACCAAGUUGCAGCCCGUCCUGGGUUUGGUGCAGACCAAGGCUAAGCUAUGAGUUCAUGCCAUUCUUUCUCUCUGUUUAAUUUUUUUUUUUCUUUUUUUUUGCGUGUGUGAUAAGGGGACAAACGUGGAAGGACACGGGAGAACGCAUGGCAUCGAGCGAAAUGAAUGCGCCUUGUCAGGCACGUUUUGGGGCGUGUCACCCAGCAGCAAAUGCGCAAAGCGUUGUGUGUAACGUUAAAAUUAAAAUUCACUUUGUCCGGCGCACACAUUGCAAUAAAAAAAAAGGUGGCUGUCUCUUCAUUUAGCCCUGUCUGAUAAUCGUACGCCCGGAAUUCGCAAAAGGCC